CCGGAAACAGGCAUUCCACCAUCGCGCGCCUCUGUCCAGUGCACAGCCCACUCGACUAGGGGAAAAAACCCGACAUCCCAAACCCCCCAUUGCAAACCCAACAGACGACACCUACGCUUCCCAAAUUGUAUAUAUUUGUUGCUUGGGUGGCGUGUACGAAUCUUGAAUCUUCGAGGCGUGCCACAACGGCACCCGAACGUGUGGACUUUUGGUCACAGAUACUGGAGACGUUGUUGUUGGUGAACGACAGUGUGCGACAAAAAGGCGUACGAUUUUCCCCACUCUGACCGAUCGUUUCGUGGCCAAGUGGAAAUCACUGUCUGCUGUGUUUGGCCCCAGUCCAUUGGGUGUGCGUACUGCAACGACGACGACGUAUUUACGGAUUCGAUUCAUUUCGAAUUGGUGAUUCGAGGCAAAGCCAAAGUUCGGAACGAAUACGAAGAUCAAUGUCCGGAAUGCGCUCGACUCGACGGUACAAUUCCCGGCAGUCGUCGUCCUCACCGCGUGGAGUCCUUUGGUUCGGCAGUAGCACCAUUCCCGUGGCGGUUGUACUGACUCUGGUGGGGAUCGUGAUUCUCCCGGCGUUCCAGCACCCGCACGGGUGCUGCACGGUCGACGCCUUUGCCUCGUAUCUCUUGUCCACGACUGGAUGUAGGACGGAUUUGGAUACUACCGAAGUCAUUAUGAAUCAGCUGGUAGUCGCGGCGGGUGAGGAAGAAACCGCCAAUAAUGAGGUCGUCGAUGGGGAGGAACCGAUUCCUUCCUUCCACGUCGUCGUUGCGGACCACACGGUAGCCGCCGACGGGAGCCUCACCAUAGCCACCCCAGUGUCCUCGUCGCACCAUCCAAUCCUGCUGUCCCUACAAAUUGUACCGACACCACCGUUGUCACCACAAUCCACACACGUCAAGGACUACCAGUUCGUCGUCCAAACAACCGAAGGCUGUCGUUUCGUCCACGGCGGUUGUGACGACGAACGUCGCAUCGCGGGACGGGGAUCCGAGACGGUACAGCUCGCGAUUCCUCCGCCGACGACGGAAUCGGUGCGGGGAGCAGACGUGUGUACCGUGUGGGGUGGCUGGGCGGCCGGACACCACGCGGUACGAUUGACUCCAGCCGUCGUGAUACGACUACAUGCGAACGAACACAACCAUCCGGGGGAUGCGCACGUGGCGGAACCGACGUGGUUCGAGGUUGGGACGGAACAAGGUUGUACGGAUGGUGGUACACUCGUCGACGCCGUGGGGAUGGGAUCGCGACUCGUCGUGGAGGACACGGACGAUCGGUACGGGAAACUCGGGGUGAAAACGGAGGUGGACGCUGUACCGGCGGAACUGUCUCUGUACUGGUCACCGCGGCCCGGUGGGGACGCCUCGGUCAACGAGUCGACCAUCGACACGUUGGUGCUGGAGACCAGUCCGGGAGCCACGUUUACGGACGGAGCGUGUGGAGGGAAACGGACCGUCAUCACCAAGGAAAUGCUGUCCAACACCGCAGCCUGGCCGCAACUGACGAUACACACCGAGCGAACCGUUUCGGUGUACGGGGUGUAUGCACUCACCGGACCCGACCACGUGGACAAACUCUACCGUAUGGACACACUGACUCUGGAAUGGAGUCCGCCGUCGACUGACUACCGAGCGCGUAAAGAAGCCGGGGAGAAAUCACGCAAUCGCCGGAAUUCGUCACGGAACACACACCGAUCGCCCAAGUUGCCCCGUGGUACACCGGUGGAUCCGCAAAGAGCCAUUGACGCGGCCGCCCGCCGGGACGCCUCCGACAUUCAAGCACAGGUGGCACGACACAACGCGGGGCAUCGGAAAGAAGAAGGCGUUCACCCGGGAGAAGGGAAAUCCCGCGAGGGCAGACGUCGUUUUUCGCGACGGAUGACUGGAGAAGCCUUGCGUCGGGAACCGCAACUCUCUAGGCCCUACCCUCCCAGGAAUCUUCGCCACCGACCGUUCCCGGUCGUGGAGGGAACGGAGUAUUGCCUGGCCAUGGCCUUCUUCGUUGCCGCGCACGUAUUUGUCAUACAAUUCUGUCUCAUUUGUAGUCAAAGACCUAAAGGGCGGAGAGUAUUGUAGUUUAACUGUAAGUUGUGACUUUUAGUAUAGCGUU